CUUUGUUGUACAUCCAUUACUAGAAAAACCUCUCUUUCAAUUCUCUCUUUCUAAUCAUAUUAAUUAACUCUUGCAUCUUGUUUCAUUACAUUGUUCUCAAAGCUUCUUGAAAAUGGGGAGAGGAAAGAUAGAGAUCAAGAGGAUAGAGAACACUAGCAACAGGCAAGUCACCUACUCCAAGAGAAAGAAUGGUAUCAUCAAGAAAGCUAAGGAAAUCACUGUUCUUUGUGAUGCUAAUGUGUCUCUUGUCAUCUAUGGUUCUUCUGGCAAGAUGUAUGAGUACUGUAGCCCCAAAACCAACUUGAUUGACAUGCUGGAUCGAUAUCAAAGGCUUUCUGGAAAUAAGUUGUGGGAUGCCAAACAUGAGAAUUUGCAGAAUGAAAUUGAUAGAAUCAAGAAAGAGAAUGAAAGCAUGCAAAUUGAGCUUAGGCACUUGAAAGGAGAAGACAUAACAUCUUUGAACUAUGAAGAACUAAUUGCCUACGAAGAUGCACUUGAAAAUGGACUCACCAAUAUUCGUGACAAAAAGGAUGAAAUCCCCAAAAUGAUGAGGAAACAUGAACAAGUUCUGGAGGAGGAGAAUAAGCACCUUAUGUAUUUGCUAAAGGUAAAGGGUGAUUCGUCAGAAAACCGUCACAAAAGUUGGUGGCAACAAAGUGAAAUGGCAGCCAUGGGAGAUUACCAAGCUCAUGAACCAUUCUCAUUUCGUGUCCAACCGAUGCAGCCAAACUUGCAUGAGAGGAUGUAA